AAAGCGAGUAAUUGAUGCUUGAAGAGAAAUUACAAAAAUACAGAGUAUGAAGGAAAAAAUACAAGAAACGUAUGAGGAAUUAGAGUGCAAAACAUCUGGUGUUAAUGUUUUACCUGGAAACACAUCAAAGAAAAAUAUACAUGAUCAAUUAAAAAUAUAUAUAAAUGGGUUUAUAGAAAAAAUGUAUAAAAAAUAUAAAAUAGAUGAGGAAAUAACACCUCUUAAUAUACCUUCACGAUGGACUAUUUAUGGGAAUAUGGUAUUGUUUUCUUUUAAUGCAUUUUCUUCUCAAUGGACUCUAUUUUUUUCAAAACUUGAAAUAUCUGAUAAAACACUCUUUUAUAAGGGAAUUUCAGAGAUUUUUGGAGUUACACAUCUUGCUCUAAAUGGACCAAUUCCUUCUGAUGAUGAAAUGAGGAUCCCUAAAGAAUUUGUGCCUUUAUAUGGAGAUUUUGGAUUUAAAGUAAAAGGAAAUCCAACAGAAAAGGAUUUUAAAGAAGCAUUCUGGGUUAGUACGAAACAAAAUGGAAUCCUUCAAGUUUGGUCUCCAAUGUAUACAAUGUUUUCACGUGGAAAUAUUAAAGAAAAAGCCAGAAUUCUUAUGUUUCCAGAUGUUAAAGAUGCAAUUGUUGCUGAUUUAUAUGCAGGAAUUGGUUAUUUUGCAUUUUCUUAUCUUAAAGCAAAAGCAAAACAUGUAUUUUGUUGGGAAAUAAACCCCUGGAGUGUAGAAGGCCUAUGUAGAGGUGCAAAAUUAAACAAUUUCAAAUGCGAAAAAGUCAGUAAUCUAGAUAAAAAUUAUGAAAAUAAUCAAUUGAUUGUAUUUGAAAAUAACAAUAUUUUCGCUGAUAAACAACUAAAAGGAAAAACAAAAAAUAUUCGACACAUUAACCUUGGUUUACUACCGAGUAGUGAGAAUUCUUGGCUUACCUGUACAAAAAUAUUAGACCGUGAAGUAGGAGGUUGGAUUCAUGUUCAUGCUGCUGUUUAUAUUAAUGAAAUCUAUGAUUGGACCAAUGGAUGUAAAGAAAAAUUCGCCUUAUUAUUCACAAACAAUUGGGAAAUAAAAAUCGACCAUAUUGAAAAAGUAAAACAAAUCUCUCCAAAAAAGUUACACAUCGUUGUUGACUUGUUAUGUAUUCCAAAAAAAUAAGUUACCAUCAUUCAUAUAAUGCAUAAAAUUAUAAAAUCAUAAACA